AUGCGGAAGUGUCCUGAAGAGUGCAGGUUGCUGUCAGCGCACGAGUGUUCAAAUCAUGAAUUUCAUUCUGUUUGCGCUGUGGCAGCACUGGUCACUGUUGGGCUUUGCGAUUACAAACUGAUCCCAGUCAUAGCUGGUGAGACACUGAAACUUGAUUUGGGGCCACAAGUCGAGAACGUCUUUAUUGAUAACGACGGCUUCAUUAUCGAAGAUGGCAUAAUCACCACUUAA